UCUCAAGCUGUCCAGCAUGCCUUUAAAAUUCCUCCGAUUACAAGUUUACACCGACAGCAAGCCACCCAACUCCAUCACACACCCACUGGAGGUAAAGGAAGGGUGGAAAUGUGCUUCUGGGUGAAGCUUCCAGUAUUGGGGGUGCCGUUGUUCCUUCUCCUCAGCCUUGUUCCCGCUGAGACAGAAAGACCCUCCACCCAGGACAGCAGCGGCACCUGGAGCCCAGGCCACCUGACGGAAGUUCUGCGAGCUCUGUCUUCUGGUGGCCCCCCACCCCUGAACCAUUCGGGAAGCCUCGUCAAAACAUUGUUGGAGAAAACUGGCUGCCCACGGAGGACAAGCGGAAUGCAAGGAGACUGCAGUCUGUGCUUUGAGCCAGACGCCCUGUUACUAAUAGCUGGAGGAGAUGUGAAGGAGCAGGUCCAAGAGGAAGUGGUCCAGAGAGUUUCUCUUCUCCUUCUCUAUUACAUUAUUCAUCAGGAAGAGAUCUGUUCUUCCAAGCUCAACAUGAGUAAUAAAGAGUAUAAAUUUUACCUACACAGCCUCCUCGGCCUCAGGCAGGAUGAAGACUCCUAUUUCCUUUCACAGAACGAGACAGAAGAUAUCCUGGCCCUCACCAGGCAGUACUUUGACACUUCUAGAAGCCAGUGUAUGGAAACCAAACUGCUGCAGGAAAAAUCUGGAAUAUCGAGCAGUGACGGUGCUGAUGAAAAUACACUUCCUCAAUUGGCGGCAACAAUCAUUGCUUUGUCCCUCCAAGGUGUUUGUCUGGGGCAAAGAAACUGGCCUUCCCCAGACUAUUUUACGGAAUAUAUUUUCAGUUUUUUGAAUAGUACAAACACUCUCCACCUCUCGGAACUAGACCAACUCCUCAACACUCUCUGGACCAAAAGAACCUGUAUCAGAAAAGAUAAAAUCCACCAACUUCGAAGGAAACAAAACAACCUAACAAUCUAUGAUUGGGGCUACCCUAAUCUAUCUGUUUCCACGGGCCGGGAGACAAAUGAUGUUUCAGCUUCCUGGGAUGAGCCUUGCUUCUCUGCGGGGCAGCUGGCAGAGAUAUUUCUACAGAACAGCCUUUCACCCAUUUCCAAGGAAGACUUUAAACGAAUGAGUCCGGGAAUCAUCCAGCAGUUACUCAGCUGCUCUUGCCAGCUCCCUGAGAACCAACAAGCAAAGCUGCCACCCACCACUCUGGAGAAAUAUGGCUACAGCACAGCGGCCGUGGCCUUGCUCACACUGGGCUCCAUGCUCGGGACGACGCUGAUUCUGUUCCACAGCUGUGAGGAGAACUACAGGCUUAUUUUACAGCUCUUCGUGGGUCUGGCCGUCGGGACACUUUCUGGGGACGCUCUGCUCCACCUUAUCCCUCAGGUUCUUAGUUUACAUAAGCAGGAUGGCUCAGAGUUUGGACAUUUCCAUGAAAGCAAAGGCCAUAUUUGGAAACUGUUAGGAUUAAUUGGAGGCAUCCAUGGAUUUUUUUUGAUAGAAAAAUGUUUCAUUCUUCUGGUAUCACCAAAUACCAAGCAGGGCGUGUCCUUGGUUAAUGGGCAUGUGGGACAUUCCCACCACCUUGCGCUCAACUCUGAAUUAAGUGACCAAUCAGGCAGAGGCAAAUCUGCUUCAACUAUCCAGUUGAAAGGCCCAGAAGAUUCACAGGCAGCUGAAAUUCCUGUAGGCAGUAUGACAGCCUCCAACAGAAAAUGCAAGACUGUUAGCUUGUUAGCAAUAAUGAUCCUGGUUGGGGACAGCCUGCAUAAUUUUGCAGAUGGCCUCGUGAUAGGAGCGGCCUUCUCAUCUUCAUCUGAGUCAGGAGCGACUACCACACUUGCUAUCUUGUGUCACGAAAUCCCACAUGAAAUGGGAGACUUUGCCGUGCUUUUAAGCUCUGGACUUCCUAUUAAGAUUGCCAUCCUUAUGAAUUUUAUAAGCGCUCUCACUGCCUUCAUAGGACUAUAUGUUGGCCUCUCCGUAUCAACUGAUCCAUGUGUUCAGAACUGGAUCUUAACAGUUACUGCGGGAAUGUUCUUAUAUUUAUCCUUGGUGGAAAUGCUUCCUGAAAUGACUCAUGUUCAAACACGGCGACCCUGGUUGAUGUUUCUCCUGCAGAACUUUGGAUUGACCCUCGGUUGGCUUUCUCUCUUACUGUUGGCUAUAUAUGAACAAAAUAUUAAAAUAUAAGUUAAGAGUCUCCAAAUCCUUCAAAACUGAAUUUAUAUGGCUUCAUUCUGUUUCUUUUGUUGUACUCUAGGGUGGCUUGUAAAUUAAGCAUUUUUAUCUCAAGGAAGGGUGUGUGUCUUCUAGUUCAUUAACUUAUUAAUUUUAUGAUGCACUUUUGUUUGAGGAUAUAAAUGUCAGGUUGUCCUCAGCUGAAAUUUUGGUAUCAGUGCCCAGCACCAUGGUGGAACUCCUAUCUUUUUUAGUAAUUAGCAAAUUCUAAAUUAAUGCUGGUAAACUUUCAAACAAUAUUGUUUUGCCAAUAAAGAAUAUUUGUAGUGUUUGAAGUGGACAGAUGCCUCUUGGGAUCAAAUGGGCUGUAACUUCUCUGAUGUCAAUAAUAUUUUUCUUCUUGUAAGACAAUAAAC